AUGGCGCGCCACGUCGCGAUCAGGCGGCUGCUCAACGACCUGAAGGAGGUGUUGGAGCACCCCCAGCCCGACGCGGCCGCCUUGCCUACGGAGGAUGACCUCAUGGUGUGGCACGCCAACUUGCGCACCCAGGAGGGCCCCUUGGCUGGCCUGGCCCUCCACGCCCUCCUGCUCUUCUCCGACGAUUACCCCGCCCGCGGCCCCGCCAUCCGCCUCUUCCACGCCCUACCCCACCCCAACAUCGCCCUCCACCUGAGCCCAAGCCAGCAGUGCCACGGCGCUUCCUACCGUGUGGCCCUGUGGAACUGCAACCCCUCCUUGGACCAGUGGAACCCAGCAUACUCGGUCCUGUCCACCCUGGCCCUCCUCUCCUCCUUCCUCUUCGACCCAGACCUGCUCUACGAUGCACGCAAGAUCUCGUUCGAGGCGGCGACGCGGGCAGCCGCAGGGCUGGACCUCAAGGGCCACCCCCACACUGGCGCCCUCCCCUUCCCGCCCUUCCCCACGCCCGAGCAAGCGUCGCUGGCGCCGCGCCUGCGCCUCAUGGAUGUGCGGCGCCCGCCCGUCAACAGAGACCUCAUGUCUGCGCACAGCGAGGUGCAACCCCUCAAGGCCACCACCGUCAAGGCCGCCACCCUCACGGCCGCCACCCCCAAGGCGGGCCCGCACGGCGGGGAGGUGUGGACGCUGGUGAGCGCCAAGCGAGGCGUGAAGGCGAGCGUGGCUGACAUGGCGGCGUCCGCCGCCGACCCUACCGCUGCCCUGGCCUCCUCCCUCUCCCUCUCCUCCUGGGGCCCCGCCAGCAGCGGCUUUGACCUGCUGUCGGGCCUGGAGGAGGAGAGGGAGGAGGAGGAGGAGGAGGGCGGCCACACUUCGGAGGAGGAGGAGCCUGAGGAGGAGGCGGCAGCGCCCACCACAGAGAGCGGCAUCCAAAGCGAGCGACUGCUGGAUCCUUCCAUCCUUGAGGCCAGCCACACCUCCCUGAUUGGUGGCGUGAUGGCGCUGCACCACGAGCGGCUGGAGGCGCAGCUCGGCGAGCGGGCCGCCAGGCUGGCGCUGCACGCCGACGCCAUCAGGGGCGCGGCAGACCACCGAGUGGCGGCGGUGGAAGGGGCCAGCGCAGGGCCCGCCUUUGACGUCCUCACCCCUGAUGCCCUCGCCCAGGUCCUGCUGCGCAUGGAGGCCAGGGACGUGGCGGCGCUGGGCGCCACCUGCCGCGGCCUGCGCGCCGCUUGCGGCGACGGCGAAGUGUGGCAUGCGCUGCUGCACCGCGCCUUCCCCGCCUCCGCCCUGCGCUGCUGCGCCCUGGCCGACUACCGCGUUGCGUAUGAGCUGGAGGCCAGCGGUGCGGUACCAGAGCUGUCCUGCUUCUUCUCCCGCGCCUCCUUCGAGACAGAGGUGCUCGGAUUCGCAUACCAGUUCACCGUCAACCCCAAGACCGGGGCUGCCGACUACAUCAUGCCCACCUCGCCCGACCUGGUGGCUGUGGAGGCCGUGGCUGCGGGCCUGGUGGCGCGGGACGCGGGCGGGACGGACAUCCAGGGCGCCAUCCCUGCCUACAUCACGCAGGACCACUUCCACAGGGCGCUGCCCUUCCUGCCCCGUGUGCUGCGCCAGCUGUGCCCUGCGCACGCCCGGCCUGGACCCGAGCAGUGGCUGACUGUACUGCCCACGAUGCUCAACACCUGCGCCGUCCUGCUGGCAGACCAUGGCACUGCCGCAUCGGAGCGCGCCCUCAACACCUACUGCGGCCUGCACCGCCUGCUGCUGGCCCUGUGUGACCACCACGGCCUGUGGGAGCGCGCCGAGCAGCGCCUGCAGCGCUUCCUGUCCUGCGAGGCCCACCGCACCAAGUCCCAGGCCCCCUCCCUGGGCAACCUGGUGCCCCUGCUGGCCGUCAGCCGCCAGCACGACUGGCGCCAGGUCCUGCCUGUGGUGCUGAGCGAGGCUGUUGACCGACAGGUGCUGUGGGUGUGCAAGGCAGACCGCACCAUGGUGUCCCGCUACAAGGUGCCGCCACGCAGGGGCGGCGUGGACGCCCAGCUGAUGCAGGUCUUCUUCGAGGCCUCCGCAGUCUCCCUCAGGCUUCUGAUGUUCCACGCCGCGUUCCUGUCCCUGGUGGCCCGCCCCAGGAGGCAGUCGAUUGGCGAGGUGAUGUAUCGCCUGGACUCGUCGUUCGGGCGCCCGGGAGCAGGCCUGCGCCGUCGAUUCCAGGCCGCAGUGCAGCAGAUUUUGGAGUGCGACAGCCUGGACCAGGCCCUGCAAGUUAUGGGCAUGGUCCGCAUGUCCCCGGAGGCCUGGACGGGGCGCCUGCGCCAGAGCUGGCUGAAGUCUUUGGCCAAGGGCUACCACACGCCGCGCACAAAGUGGGACAGGAUCCAGGCCCGCGGCGUGAGUCGUAUCCUGCUGCGGGGCCAGCAGUACAGCGCACCGCCAAACCUGGCGGCGAUAGAAGUGGACGAGCGCUGGCACUCCAAGACCAGUGACGACUUCACCUACCUAGAUGCCAGCUGCCUGGUGUACGGGCGGCGGCGAGGGGCCCCGCAGGGCGCCACGCUGGAGCUGCUUGAGGCAAUUGAUUACAGCAACACACGCAGCACGAACGGCGCAGGCGCCGUGCGGCACAGCGGCGACAUGGUGCACAGCGACAGCGGGCAGCACACCAUCACCAUCAGCCUGCGCAGCUUGCCGCCCCGGGUGGAGGCCCUGUACCUUACCAUGAGCGCCUGGGCAGGCAAGAUGCUGACAGACAUCGACCAGCCCUACAUCAGGUACGGUAUCGGGUACCACAUGCCAGCGGCAGCUGCCCGCCAGCUGCCGCCGCUGCUGCUGCUGGUUGCGGGACCUGGCUGA